AUGGCCUGGGAUUUAACAUUAGAUUUUGAAUACGUCGUAACAAAAAAGGCACCACCCCGAAUGUGUUUUGGUACUACCCUGGACCGAGAAGUCCUACCAACAAAAGGGCCAAAUUUAAGUCCAUUUAUGAGAAGAAAUGCGGGAGAGGUUCGGAAAAAUUUAGGUCCGGGAACUUAUGAAAAUGAUCGUGAUGCUUUCUAUGACCUUACUCACAGGAUUUAUAGCAAACUGUACUACGGUCCAAAAUCACCCCGUUGGACAGUUAAGCACGAAUAUCAACCGCCGCCGAAAGAGCCGAGCCCGGAAAAGCCAAUACCGAAAAAUUGUGCUCCAUUUAAUUCCACAUCGAAGAGAAAAGGACUAUUUAAGGCCAAUGAUUAUCCUGCAGCCUGCGAUUACUACCCAAUAUACAAGAAGAAGGAAAUGAAAUUUGCAUACAGCUUCUCAGGAAAGAAGGUUUUGAAAUGUGCUGUUGAGAUAAAAUGCGUUCCGUAUAAUUUGGAUGCAUGUGGAGUCUGCGGCUGUUCUUGUUCCGCUCAAGGGGAUUAUUGGCAAUAUGAAAAUAGAAUAUUCCUCUGCAGAAAACACUAUACGAGAUUAUUUAAACAUUGUCUUUCCAAAUUUCAAGGAGCUAAACUAGCUGAGUUUAAGUCAAUACGAGAUUGUUUCUUCGCACACGCACAUAAUAGCUGCAAAGCUGCAUUAAAAAUUAUGACUGUUGAAGAGAUUGAGAAGAAACUGAGAAAAGAAGCUUAUCUAGAUUUAUAUUUUCCACAACGUCGUUAUUGUAACAAUUAGAUGGCAAAAAAAGAAAAUUCGCGAAAUCACGGCAGAUAUUUUUUGGAGACAUAUUGUGUACUUAAUAUAGGAAGUUUAAAAUGAAAACGUUGUUAUUAUAGAAAUAAAAUUUUUGUUCCCCUUUUUUGUUUCAUUUUAAUUUUAAUUUUUACUGGCAACAUUCUAAUCAUCAAUCAUCUGACUUCUGAUUAUCACGGCCAGUGCUAUUUAUUUACAGUUUUAUUUUAUCUGAUUGAGAAUUUUGUGAAAACAAACAGAUAACAUGAAACUAGAUUCCAAUAAUAAGAUGAUAAGUGGUGAUGGUGGUACCGAGACCCCAGAAGAAGUAGUGGACCCACGACAAAAUGCCGAAGAUUUAAUUGAUGAGAUAUUGGCUGAAUUUA